AGUGAAUAAUAGUGUGUGAUAGUCUGUAGCCUAAAGAAGCGACUUUUGCAGGAAACGUGAUAUCGCGACAAUAAUAUAAUGCAAAAUUUCUUUUUUAAAAUUAAGAUCUAUAUCAGCGAAUCUAUCGAGAUCCAAGGUUUAAUUAUCUGCCAUGUCAAUGGCCGUAAAGUCUUGGAAUAAUUACCAUGAAGGGGACACCUGUAUAGCCACGCAGAAGUAUUAAAAAAAAAGACAAACAAAACCGGAAAUGACGAGAAAGGAAAAAAAUAACAACGAAGGAACAGAACAAUUCAUUUUCUCAACCAAUACACGCUAUCUUCAGACCCGAAUAUGAAUAAAAUGGAAAGUGGUUUCAUAUAUGUCAUUCUGGCAGCAGUAACGUCCCUUGCUUUCCCAGCAGACGAUCAAAGCUGUAUGUCUGCUAUCUCAGAUCCUGUUGCCGUGUUCGGACAAGACAACGCCACCAAUAGCACUCCAAUAGCUGAAACUAAAGGGGAAACGACUCAGACAUGUACUAACAAAUGUUGUCAGUCAGAAACGUGCAACGUCGUCAUCUUUAGAGCGUCUGAGCAAGAGGCAGACUCAAUGUGUCAGCUUUUCUAUUGCCAGCCAAUCAAAUCGUGCAGUUUCCGUGUAGAGGUGGGCGUUUCUUUAUUCCUUCGCAAUGCCGAUACUACCCUCGGCACAGCCACCACGCUUGACGUUGACACCACAACAUCUGUGAGUACUGACACCACUUUAGGCCAAGACACGCCACUGUACACUAACACGACCACAGCACAGACAUUGGAUGCCACAUUGUCUUAUGCCACUUCUGACAGUGCCAACAUCUCGGCUGCAGUUUCAGACACAUCAACUGCUAGCAGCAGCUUAUCGAACACAACACCUUUAGGCCAAGACACGCCACUGUACACUAACACGACCACAGCACAGACAUUGGAUGCCACAUUGUCUUAUGCCACUUCUGACAGUGUCAACAUCUCGGCUGCAGUUUCAGACACAUCAACUGCUAGCAGCAGCGUAUCGAACACAGCACCUUUAGCAGACAACAUCAGUGCAACUCACGUAACAUCAAGUUCUGCCCCUGGCAAUCAAUCUUUGACCCCGGAAGAGCUCAGCACAGCGUCUACCAACCAGUAUGUCAACAGCAGCGCGAUAACACAAGCCGUCGUCAUGACAACGAUUGAAACUUUUGGGGGUGCAACAAUGACAAUGUCACAGCUGGUAAGUGACGUCACCAAUGAAACCAGCACGUCGACAUCCACAUUACCUACUACUCUCACUGACAGCGUAACGGGUCAGGCAUUAACAGAUAAGACCUAUUCAGAUUCCACAACAACAGUUUCAACGAACUCAGAUACACGCACCUCAAUAUCUACGCCACUGUCACAAUCAACGGAAAAUACUACGCCCCUGCCAACUAGAGCCUUGACGUCCACUUCUACUGAACUGGACACUACUACACUGGUACAAGUUUCAUCGACGGACUCGAACACAAACCUUGACCCGAACCAAACAGAAGAAAACGAGGUGGUAGCCUUCACAGAGUGGCCACCUAAUAACACAAGUACUGCAAUCAUCACAGACGUAGCUCAGGGUAUAAAAGAAACAUCGAACUCUGAUUUCAACUCUAGACUGAAUACGACACGAGGUAACUCUUUGAUCGAAAAGAACUCGCCUUUCACCGAACAAAAGGGAGACUACACCAACUCCACUCUGACGUUGACGGGAGACAAAGACUCACGAGAGGCGAUGGUGGUUAUUCUGGUCUGCACCCUGACCUUCGGGUGUGUCUUCCUGUUGGUCGUAGUGGGCAUACUGAGCAGGAGGAUUUAUGAGGGUUACCAGAAGCGGCAUUACUCUCGGUUGGACUAUCUGAUCAAUGGCAUGUACUACUAACAUCACUAACCAGAAAAAAAAAAACAACAAAAAAAAAGAACAACAACAACACCAACAACUUGACCUCCUCAAUUGGGCCAUCUCACCGACGGCAUGAGCUACUGACCUCUACAACUAGACUCAUAAACACCAUAUACUGGACUAACUCAUCCUCACCAUAUAGAUAAAACACUGACUUCGUCACAAGCUUGUACAGUUGAACUCAUGAACUGGACAAACUCAUAUUAUCCCAUGUAUUAAUGACCUCAUGUUACUAAAUGAAUGUAUUCAUUGUAAUAAGGGCAUUGUCUUCGAGUCUGAAGAUUUAGAAUGAGAGUAGUUUUUGACAUGACCACACAAACUCAGUUGCCACCUGCAUAUUUGUGUCCUGUUAGUCCUGUAUUACUAACCUCUUAAAUGAAAGCUCUUAACAACUAAGCAGCAUGCACUAUAUGACCACCCUUGAAAUGGACUAUACGACAUAUAUAUUGGACUAUUUGACCACCCUUGAAAUGAACUAUUCGAUCACAUAUAUUGGACUAUAUGACCACAUAUAUUGGACUAUUUGACCACACGAAAUGGACUAUUUGACCACAUAUAUUGGACUAUUUGACCACACGAAAUGGACUAUUGGACCAAAUAUAUUGGACUAUUUGACCACAUAAAUUCGAAUAUUUGACCCACAUAUAUUGGACUAUUUGACCACAUAAAUUCGAAUAUUUGACCCACAUAUAUUGGACUCUACUGCAUGAAUAGGACUAUAAGCACGUAUUAUUGUGAGAAGUAAUCUGUUCAUGAUAUUUUCAAGUCUAGUCUUGACUAACCUAACCACAUAUCUUAUCCACUUCAUGUAUCUAGAAAACUAAACAUUUGUAUAGUAGACAACUUAGUUGACUAUUGCACUAAUAACCCUAGCGCUUCUGGCGACUGUGCUAUUUUAAGAAGUCCUGGACUUACCAAUAGGCAACAUUAUAAUCAGUUUAGCUUUAGCCUACUGCCCCACACAUAGGCCAACCAAAAAAAAAAAAAAGGUUCUAGUGAUAUUUUCAAAAAAAGAUCAAAUGAAAAAUUGUCUCAUGUGGAUUACAAGGGGUCCCAUAUCUCAACUAGCUUGGGGCCUUAUCAAGUGCAUAUCCAGCCCAGAUUGUAAGAAAGCAUUAACUUACCGAAACCAGAAUCUUGGACGCUUUAAUCAUAGGAAGUGUAGCGGUAUUAUCACAAAUCAGGGUCUAAAAUAAAAACCAGCUCAUUAAGACCUCUGGAAGUAAAUACUGCUUUUUAAAAGGCGUUUUCAUUCUGUAAUGAAUGAUUUGAGUUCGAGACCCACUUCGUCAUGAGCAUUCUACCUUCAACGACUUCUACUAAGACCUCUACUAAGACUAAGACUGCUUUAGUGAUCCUUAUUGCAAGUUUGUCAUUACAAGGACUCUUUAUCUCAAAUAAAAACAAUGACAACAUUGACAUAAAUCGAGCAGACACAACAUAAAGAGUUCAUUGAGUGACCACACACAGACGUCUUGAUCCUUUUCACGUUCCCUGGUCAACCAGUUGGGCUGAUAUUUGGACAUUACGAUCAUCAUUUGCGUAAACAAUUGUGGUCAAAUUGUACCGUGGUGUACGACGUCAUCACUGGGUCAUCGUAAGCACAUUAAUCGGAAUCGACAACAAUUCUUUAUUAGUUUAAUUAUUAUUGAUUGUCUCCCUCCCCUUCUCUCCAGUCAUUGUAUAGCAUGCCAUUUUGAUUUUUUUUUUUAGGGUUUUCAUACUUUAAAGUUAUCUAUUCCUUGUAAUGGUCUUUAUAUGUAAAUUCCCGUUUACCUUUUUUAAGUACUAAAAUAAGGUAAGAAAAAAACAAGGGAAGGUAAUGUGAAUAGUGUGACACAGUUUGCAAUAAAACCUAAAGGAAAAUAUAAAAGAGAAAAAUUUGAAUCUUUAAAAAAAAUUAUUCAAAUAUUGUCUAAGACGCCCUCUUGAGAGAUCACUGCUACCAACUUACAAAUACACAAGUCUCUGUGCUACCAGAGACAGACAUUUGAGUUCACAGUGCUGGAAAGUGGGGGGGAAAAAGAUUGAAAAUACUUCCAUUAACACUACUUCCGUAUUCCGUACAGCGGAUACACCAGAAAGCUUUGCUAUUUAAGGAUAGUGCUUCAAUGUAUAACAUGAUCCAGCACUUUCAAAAGUCAUCUGUCAAGGUCACAGUGGAAGGAGCACGAAGAACGCGUUGACUCAAGAAUAAAUGGUAGAUAGCCUGCUAAGGACCGUAACAGCACCCCAACGAGGAAAGUUAAGGGACAGAUGAAUGCUACUCCUAUGAGGGGACGACGGUGUGCCAAAUGCGAUCUUUAUGAGAUGAACUCAAAGGAGGGGGGUGUAACAGAGGUGCUAGAAAGAUCAAAUCGGACGCCAUUUUGCCCUCACUGGUAUUACUUAAAGCAGAUGGCCCCUGAAAGAGACAGCUGAAGAGCUCUCACAAAUGUCGCAGGACUGAAACUUAUAGAAGGGACCUUUACCGAAGAAAGGAGCAAACGUCGGAAGACAACUUAAGUAGACCGUCUGCCGACAACGGCUUUGUCUAUUAGGUGUGGCAAAAUGUGCAUGUCGCAACGGGGUUUGCAUGGUCAUCUGAAAUACUACACUCAUGUCAAAUCUUUGGAAUCGAAGCCAAUGUCUAGAUAUAUCUAUUUACAGUUUUGUAUGUAUCUAAAUAAAUAAUUUUGCCAUCACUUGCAAACAGACAAUGUUCUAGUUUAGUUGAUAUCUAACUAAUUACUUUUGCAGUAACCGUUUCUCCCCUCCAUGGGCAGAACUGUAGACGAAGAGGUUCACGCUUAAUCUAAGAAUGAUGAUAGAAAAAAACGAGUUUAAGAAAAGGUAGGAAAGAGGAUACAUAUACGGUGAGGAGAAAAAUAAUAGAGGAGAGGGAAAAAAAACACAAGAUAAGGUCAGAGAGAGAGAGAGAGAGAGAGUGUGUAUCUAAGGGGGAUAAUACCGUGUCAAUCUUUGCUUUUAAGAAUGAUUGAAUUACUGCCCUUACGGUCCACUGCAUUCUGCACAUAAAGCAUUCGCAGUAUUGAACUAGGCUUCCCAGUUUGGUACAGGCGAACUUAUCCCAUGGAAUUAAUUUAUCAAAUACUUUUUAACACGUAAGCAAUAUUUCUAAAUCUGCAUUUCAUUUUAAUAAACAUAGGUUCAAUUCUCAA